AUGCUUCGCUACAUCGUGGGAUCCAUGUUUCAAGUCGCCAUUGGAGCGACUUCUCUGCUGCACUUCGCCAGCCGUGUCGGACCCCCCGCUGCUGCUGCUGCAGACGCCGGCACAUCUGGUAAAGCAGCAAGUGAAGCGGCAGGAGAAGCAGCGCACUCAGCAGCAAGUGAAGCGACGAGUGCAGCGAAGAGCUGUGUUCGCUGCAGAAAUGUGAAGGUCACAGACAUCUUGGCAGUAUGGGAGUCGCAGACGCAGCAGCAGCAGCAGCACAGAGCCAGCAACCGGCCCCUCCUCGCUCCUGCUGCAGGCCUGUUGCUUCAGAAGGUCCAUUUGCUGCCAGGUUUGCAUGACGCCCUCUUUCCUAGCACGCUGAAAUGCAAGGAGGGAGUCUUAGCGGUGGCCGCUUGUGGAUCCAAGGGACAGGGAACCACUCGACAACCCUUCAAAGGGCUCAAUGAGGAAUCGUUAGGCUGCUCCUCCCCAGCUCUAAGGGCGGCGAACGCACAAGGGAAUCUCGCGUCCAGUCCAGUACGCAUAUCUGAAGUUGCCGUAGGCGGCAUCUCUAAAGUGUAA